GGGGACCUUCAAGAUCGAGUUCACGCACAUUCCCUGGGGGACGCAGUACUACAAGAAGAAUGGCCAGUAUGUCCCGGCAGACUGUCUGGAGACGCUACGGAAAUUCGAUGCGGGAUUGUUUGGGGCCGUCGGCGCACCGGGUAGGUCUGUCUAGAACGAGAUUUAUUCGAGUAGAGAGAGGGAGAGAGAGAGAGAGAGAGAGAGAGAGAGAGAGAGUUCCCCUGAUUUUAACUGCAAAUGCAGAUGUUCCCGACCACAUCUCCUUAUGGGGUCUUCUGUUGGCCAUCCGUGGCCCCCUUCAACUGUACGCCAAUGUCCGCCCCGUGCGCACUUUCCCCGGGACCCGAUCGCCUCUGGUCACGGCCACCAAGGGCAUUGACUGGAUGCUGGUGCGCGAGAACUCGGAGGGCGAGUAUGCCGGCCAGGGUGGCCGGUCUCAUCUCGGACAGCCGUGGGAGACGGCGACAGAGGUGGCCAUCUUCACGCGGGUGGGCAUCGAGCGCAUCAUGCGUUUUGCCUUUGAGAUGGCGCGCUCACGCCCGCGCCGCCUGCUAACGGUAGUGACCAAGAGCAACUCCAUGAGGAACGGGAUGGUGCUCUGGGACCAGAUCGCCGCGGAGGUGGCGCAGGAUUUCCCCGACGUGACGUGGGACAAGAUGCUGGUAGACGCGAUGACGGUACGGAUGGUGCGCAACCCGGAGUCGCUGGACACGAUUGUCGGCACCAAUCUCCACAUGGACAUCCUGUCGGAUCUGGCGGCCGCGCUGGCUGGGUCGAUCGGCGUGGCCCCCUCGAGCAAUCUGGACCCGACGCGCAAGAACCCGUCGCUGUUCGAACCGGUGCAUGGCAGCGCGUUUGACAUCACCGGCAAAGGGGUGGCCAACCCGGUGGCCACCUUCUGGUCCGCGGCGGAGAUGCUCUCCUGGCUGGGCGAAAAGCACGCUGCCCAACAGCUGAUGCGCUGUGUCGAGAAUGUAUGCAAGGCUGGCAUUCUCACUCCCGAUCUCGGCGGCUCCUCGAAUACGCAGGGGGUGGUGGACGCCGUCUGCGCGCAGAUCGAUCGGUUGUGAUGUGCUUUUUUCCUUUUCCUCGUCUCUUUCUUCGUUUCUUUCUUUCUUUCUUUCUUUCUUUCUUUCUUUCUUUCUUUCUUUCUUUUCAUUGUUGCUUGGAUAGAGU